UUUCAAUUCCUUAAACCAUUACCAAUGUACAGAUAAAGAUGAUUCAUAUGCAUAUACAUACAUACACACAUUUAUAUUUUGAUCAAAUGCCUGGGUUCAGGUUUUGGCCUGUGGUAAAUGUGAAAUUAGAUGCCAUAUUAAUAGUAUACUAUUAAUAGCAUAUAAAGUUCUUUAGCUGUCUCAUCACAUCCUGUUCGUCCUCUACUUUCAUAGAGAGAUUUAUUGUAGAGAAGUUUGGCUUCUUCAUAAAGUUGAGGAGAAUGGAUGAAAAACAAGCAAAAUGGGGAAAAGUUGAAAGUCACACUGUCACUAUUUAUAAGAGAUUUCAACCAUGUUCAAAACAGAAAAUAUUUAAUGAUAGAACAUCUCUGAGAUGCAACUUGAUUCCACAGAGGCAGAGAGAUGUAACUAAGAAUAUGACAUCUUUUUCUCCAAACUUUGUGGGAUUUUGGCAGUUAUUUAAAAGGAGCAGAAAAGAAAGCAUUGAAACAUUUUCUAGCAUAUUUUUAAAAAUCCUUUGAUUUUCUCAUACUACUCUAAAAAGCACAUAUGAAAAGCUGUAAAUAAUGCAAUGUGUUCAUGUGCUGCCCUACUGCUUAGCACAAAAAGCAUAUCUGCCUUUAGUCAUACUUAGCAUUAGACUGGUGCCUCAAAGAGUGGCAUGUUAUUUACAGCUAAUACUUUUUACCUGAAAGGAGUUUUUAACCCAAAGCUAUCAGAUGGCAACGUUGCCACCUGCCAUUUUGUGGCACUCCAGAAGUGAGCAUAGUUAUGUGUCUUCAAAAAGCCCCUCUAGUUUUCUUAAAGGAUUCUUACUUGAAAAACCAGAGAAACAGACAUUCUAAUUUAGCUUUUAUAUUUCAAAUAUAGGGCACAGAGGAUUGGGUUAUUGUAGACAAAAUACCCACUGAGGUAGUUGAUGGUGAUUCAAAAAGAAUUGUCACUUACAAAGUGGUGACUGUGAGCAGCAAAACUGGUGACCUUCCUGCUGACGUGUUAAAAUCCAGCGCUAUUGAAAUGCAGAGUUUUGAUGACUUAACACGGGAAAUACAGUGGAAAGAAGAGAGCAAACAAAAAACAUACACUUUAGGAAAAUCUUAUGAUACCAUCUCUGGAAAAAUUGUGACCAUGACAGGAAAAGCUAAAGAGGGUGAAAAGGCAGGGGAGCCCUCCACACUUGAAGCCCUUCAGAAAUUUGAGAGAGGGAUGACAGAAUCCGUGAAAAUCAUCCCUGUAAUGACAGAAUAUGAGGUCCUAGAAGCCAUCUCAGAUGACAAGGCCAGGAGAGGAUCUGAGGUGCAGAUCGUGAGAAGGAAAUUGUCAGAAUCUCUGGCUCCCAUAAAGGAAGCAGAAUCCCGGCUGCCAAGUCCAGAUGAAGAAUGUCUGAAGAAAACCCAGAAACUGGAAAAGGAUUUGGAAUUCCGUACUGGCCUAGGAAGUAUACAGCCUACUGGAGUAGGACAAACACCAGACAGUGAGGCUUUAAAAGCAGGGUUCUUUGCUCGAAAAGAGAAAAGCCCAUCUGAAUGGAGAUAUUCCCGGGAGCCAGGAUUCACCAUUGCCACUGCUCAUUAUGUCAAUGAGUCAUCUGCAUCCCGAGUGGUGGUAACCAGUGACUCUUAUAUGUCCUGUAAUUUAAAGAAUAAAGCAUGGCUUUUUUUGGAGCCAUACGCUUCUACCCUGAACCUUUCAGUUUCCUCUUGCUACUUGGCUUUAUGUUGACAACAGCCAACCCAGCUUGUUUAUUUUCUCAUCGUUAAAUAAGGACGGCAGUCCAGUGUAGACAUUCAGCCUUGCACUUUUAUUUCAAAUUCCCUGUAACUGAAGUGUAAUAUCGCUGCUGUGGCUUGCAAAGAAAAUGGGGAGAGAAAGGUCUGCUUAAACCAGCAUCAUCCCAAUCCUAAUAACUCUGCUUUUUAAAAGAAAAAAAAAAGCUUAGAGUCACUACAGAUUUGUGCUGUUUUAUUUCCCAUUCUUUUCUGUUCCUGACCUCAGUCUCUCAGAUUUCUUCCUUUCCUUCCUUUCUUCCUUCCUUCCUUUCCCUCUUGCCUAUGGCUUUGUUAAAAUAACGUGUAUGAAUGUGUGUGUGGGUGAAUGUUCUGUCCUGUGUCUGACUUUACAUUUCUUUGUUU